AUGGAGCAACACCGUGGCCGCGUACGCUCAAGCCUAUGCGGAAAAAGAAAGCGUGACUGCGCCAUGAUUCACUCAACCAGGCCGUUCGGGGAAAACAUAGCCGCGGGCUACUACCCUAAGUUCACUGGGGCAGAUGCAGUGAAGCUGUGGGCGAACGAGAAGCUGUUGUAUGAUCAUGCAUCGAAUAAAUGCGUGGGUGGUGAAUGUGGGCACUACACUCAGAUGGUGUGGCGGAGCUCGGUGCGGCUUGGAUGUGCUAGAGUGCCUAGCAAGGCUAAUUCUCAGUUUGUUAUUUGCAAUUAUGAUCCUCCAGUCUUCAACACUGAGAGCAUCAGCCACCAGCCAAUUGUUGUUCCAAGUCACCCGGAAGAAAUACCCUCGGCGGAGAUGCGGAAAACCAGUUUAAGGUAUUUUCAGCCUCCAAAUCGAGAGAACCACGACGACGGCGAUUAA